AUGCUGAAAUUUAAAUAUGCAACACCCCAUCCAGCAGAACCGGGCGCGAUGGAAUCUAUUGCCAGCCGGGCUUCUCGGCUUAACCUGCUCCUUCAGGGGAAACUCUCGUCUCUGACACAACAGCAGAUGUCUCCGUUCUCGAGAGAAGGCAUUCUGGACGCCCUUAUGGUGCUGUACCAGGAAUGCAGCAGUCCUCUGCUAAUGAAAAUCAAGCAUGCGGGCAAUUUUUUUAAAAAGCAUUCAGAUUCAAUAGCCGAGUUCCGGGAACUUCAACCCAGCUUGAAAGAUUUUGAAAUCCGGAAUUUGUUAGGAUGCGGUCAUUUUGCAGAAGUCCAGCUGGUGAAAGAAAAGGCAACCGGUGACCUUUAUGCCAUGAAGGUGAUGAGCAAGGAGACACUGCUGGAAAAAGAGCAGGUCUUCUUUGAGGAAGAGAGAAAUAUCCUAUCCCAGAAUGCCAGCCCUUGGAUCCCACGUCUUCACUAUGCCUUCCAAGAUAAAAAAAAUCUUUACUUGGUUAUGGAUUAUGAGCCCGGAGGAGAGCUACUGUCAUUCUUAAACAGAUACGAGGAUCAACUGGAGGAAAGCACCACACAGUUUUAUCUAGCAGAAUUAGUUUUGGCCAUUCACAGCAUCCAUCAAAUCGGCUAUGUCCAUCGAGAUGUUAAGCCAGAGAAUAUCCUCAUUGACAGAACAGGGCACAUCAAGUUGGUGGGUUUUGGUUCUGCUGCCAAAAUGACGGCGGAUAGAACGGUGGAUGCCAAGGUGCCCCCUGGCGCUCCUGACUACAUGGCCCCGGAAGUGCUUAGUGCCUUGAGCAACAGCAAAGCCUCCUAUGGGUCGGGAUGCGACUGGUGGUCCCUCGGGGUGGUCGCUUAUGAAAUGACUUACGGAAAAUCGCCGUUUACCAAAGGGACCUCGGCUAAAACUUUCAACAACAUCCUGAAUUUUCAGAGGUUCCUCAAAUUCCCGCAGGACGUAAAGGUCAGCCACGAGUUUCUCGAUCUGCUGCAGGGUUUAUUGUGUGGGCCGAAAGAGCGCUUGGAUUACGAAGGCCUUUGCUGUCAUCCGUUCUUUUCCCACGUGGACUGGAGCGCCAUCCCUAACUCUCUUCCUCCCUUCGUGCCGAGCCUCAAGCGUGAAGAUGAUACCUCUCAUUUUGAUGCCCCGGAGGAGAAGGACGCCAGAAUUGCUUCCUCUCUCGCCCAGCUGAGCCCUGCAAGUUCCUCAGGAGAAGAUUUGCCGUUCGUGGGCUUCUCCUUCAUCAAGGCGCUGGCGGUUCUACGGUCAGAGUCUGCUUUGAGCUUGGAUUCUCCCGCUAAGAUUAGCUCCAUGGAAAAGAAAGUCCUCUUUAAGAGCAAAGAGCUGCAAGACACCCAGGCAAAGUGUCACAAGAUGGAGCAGGAAAUGACCCGUUUGCAUCGCAGAGUGUCGGAGGUGGAGGCUGUACUCAGCCAAAAGGAGGUGGAACUGAAAGCCUCCGAGACCCAGCGAUCCCUCCUCGAACAGGACCUGGCUACCUACAUCACAGAAUGCAGUAGCUUAAAGCGAAGUCUGGAACAGGCUCGGAUGGAGGUUUCUCAAGAGGACGACAAGGCCCUGCAGCUCCUUCACGACAUAAGAGAACAAAGUCGCAAGUUGCAGGAAAUCAAAGAGCAGGAGUAUCAAGCUCAAGUGGAAGAAAUGAGACUGAUGAUGAAUCAGCUAGAGGAGGACCUGAUUUCCGCUCGCAGACGUAGUGAUCUUUACGAAUCGGAGCUGAGGGAGUCUCGACUGGCUGCAGAAGACUUCAAGCGAAAAGCCACCGAAUGUCAUAACAGGCUGCAGAAAGUUAAAGAUCAAGGAAAAACAGAAGUGGGAGAGCUGUAUUCCAAGCUGGAGAAGAUCAAUGCCGAUCAGCAGGUGAAAAUUCAGGAGCUGCAGGAGAAGCUGACAAAAGCUAUGAAAGCCAGCUCGGAGGCCACCGAAUUGCUCCAGAACAUCCGCCAAGCAAAGGAGAGAGCCGAGAAAGAGCUGGAGAAAUUGCAAAAUCGGGAGGACUCCAACGAAAGCAUGAAAAAGAAAUUGCUGGAAGCCGAGGAAAGGCGUCAUUCUCUAGAGAACCAAGUGAAGCGGCUGGAGACGGUGGAACGCCGGGAGAACCGACUGAAAGAAGAUAUCCAGACCAAAUCUCAGCAAAUCCAGCAGAUGGCUGAUAAAAUUCUGGAACUGGAAGAGAAACAUCGAGAAGCUCAGCUUGCAGCCCAGCACCUUGAGUUGCAUCUGAAGCAGAAAGAACAAAUGUAUGAAGAAAGACUCAAAGUGCUUGAUAACCAGAUGAAGAAAGACCUGGCCGACAAAGAUGCCUUGGAAAACAUGCUGAGGAAACACGAAGAGGAAACUCACGAAAAGUGCAAAAUCCUUGCCGAGCAGAAAGCGAUGAUCAAUGCCAUGGAUUCGAAGAUUAGGUCUCUGGAACAGAGAAUAGUGGAACUGUCUGAAGCUAACAAGCUCGCAGCCAACAGCAGCCUGUUUACUCAGAGGAACAUGAAAGCCCAAGAAGAGAUGAUUUCCGAGCUCAGGCAGCAGAAGUUUUAUCUGGAAACUCAGGCUGGAAAAUUAGAGGCGCACAACAACAAGCUGGAGGAACAAUUGGAAAAGAUCAGCCAUCAGGACCACAGCGACAAGACUCGCCUGCUGGAGUUGGAGACGAGGUUACGAGAGGUUAGCCUUGAACACGAAGAACAAAAACUAGAACUGAAGCGACAGCUGACCGAAUUGCAGCUCACCCUUCAGGAGAGGGAAUCUCAGAUUUCAGGCUUGCAAGCAGCCCGGGCAGCCCUGGAAAGUCAGCUCCGGGAAGCUAAAACCGAACUGGAGGAGACCACGGCCGAGGCUGAAGAAGAGAUCCAGGCACUGACGGCACAUAGAGAUGAAAUCCAGCGUAAAUUUGAAGCCCUUCGUAAUAGCUGCACAGUGAUUACGGACCUAGAAGAGCAGCUGAACCAGCUGACCGAGGAUAACGCUGAGCUGAACAACCAGAAUUUCUUCCUGUCCAAGCAGCUGGACGAAGCUUCGGGGGCAAACAACGAGGUGGUUCAGCUGCGAAGUGAGGUUGACCAUCUUCGCCGCGAGAUAACGGAACGGGAGAUGCAGCUCACCAGUCAAAAGCAAACCAUGGAGGCCUUAAAGACCACCUGUACCAUGCUGGAGGAGCAAGUGAUGGAUCUGGAGGCCCUGAACGACGAACUCUUGGAGAAGGAGCGUCAGUGGGAGGCGUGGAGGAGUGUUCUGGGGGAUGAGAAGACCCAGUUUGAGUGCCGGGUGCGGGAACUCCAGAGGAUGUUGGAUACGGAGAAGCAGAGCAGGGUGCGGGCCGACCAGCGUAUCACGGAAUCCCGCCAAGUGGUGGAGCUCGCCGUGAAAGAACAUAAAGCAGAGAUCUUGGCUCUCCAGCAAGCAUUAAAGGAACAGAAACUCAAAGCUGAGAGUCUGUCCGACAAGCUCAACGACUUGGAGAAGAAGCACGCCAUGCUGGAGAUGAACGCCCGGAGCUUGCAGCAGAAGCUUGAAACGGAACGCGAACUCAAACAGAGGCUUCUGGAAGAGCAAGCCAAAUUGCAGCAGCAGAUGGAUUUGCAGAAAAAUCACAUCUUUCGGCUGACUCAAGGCCUGCAAGAGGCUUUGGACCGGGCGGAUCUUUUGAAGACUGAAAGGAGCGACUUGGAAUACCAGCUGGAAAAUAUUCAGGUCCUCUAUUCCCACGAAAAAGUGAAAAUGGAAGGCACAAUUUCCCAACAAACCAAGCUUAUAGACUUCCUGCAAGCAAAGAUGGAUCAGCCAGCCAAGAAAAAAAAGGGCCUGUUUAGUCGACGGAAAGAGGACCCUUCUUUGCCCUCACAGGUUCCUCUGCAGUACAGUGAGCUGAAGGUGGCCUUGGAGAAGGAGAAGGCCCGCUCGGCCGAGCUGGAGGAAGCCCUGCAGAAAACCCGCAUUGAGCUCCGAUCCGCUCGGGAGGAAGCUGCCCAUAGGAAAAUUACAGACCACCCUCACCCUUCCACGCCUGCCACGGCCAGGCAGCAGAUCAUCAUGUCUGCCCUAGUUCGGUCACCAGAACACCAGCCCACGCCCAUCAGCCUGCUGGCACCUCCCUCCAGCCGCAGAAAGGAGGCCUCCACGCCUGAGGAGUUUAAUCGGCGCCUUAAAGAACGGAUGCAUCACAAUAUCCCUCACCGUUUCAACGUGGGGCUGAACAUGAGAGCCACCAAAUGUGCUGUUUGCUUAGACACUGUGCACUUUGGACGUCAGGCUUCGAAAUGUCUGGAAUGCCAGAUGAUGUGCCAUCCCAAGUGUUCCGCCUGCUUGCCGGCCACUUGUGGCUUGCCGGCUGAGUACGCCACGCACUUCUCCGAAGCCUUCUGCCGGGACAAGCUAAAUUCCCCCGGCGUGCAGCUGAAAGACCCAGGCAGCGCCUUACGGCUGGAAGGAUGGAUGAAGGUGCCCAGGAAUAAUAAACGCGGCCAGCAGGGCUGGGAUAGGAAGUAUGUCGUUUUAGAAGGAACUAAAGUCCUUGUUUACGACACGGAAACGAGAGAAGCUGGACAACGGCCCGUGGAAGAGUUUGAAUUGUGCCUUCCAGAUGGAGACGUUACCGUCCACGGGGCCGUGGGAGCGACCGAGCUUCUCAAUACAGCCAAGACAGAUGUGCCCUAUAUAUUGAAGCUGGAAUCCCAUCCUCACACCACCUGUUGGCCUGGCCGAACUCUCUAUUUGCUCGCGCCCACCUUUCCGGAUAAGCAGCGGUGGGUGAAUGCCCUGGAAUCUACGGUGGCUGGAGGAAGAGUUUCCAGAGAAAAGGCAGAGGCUGAUGCUAAACUCCUUGGGAAUUCUCUCCUGAAGCUGGAAGGAGAAGACCGCUUGGAUAUCAACUGCACUUUACCCUUCAGCGAUCAGGUGGUCCUGGUGGGUGCUGAGGAAGGCCUCUAUGCCCUGAAUGUGCUGAAGAAUUCCUUAACGCACGUCCCCGGGAUCGGUGCUGUCUUUCAAAUCCACCUCAUCAAGGAUCUGGAGAAACUGCUCAUGAUUGCAGGAGACGAACGGGCGUUGUGCCUUGUGGACGUGAAAAAAGUGAAGCAGUCCCUCGCUCAGUCCCACCUGCCGGCUCAACCUGACGUCUCGCCCAACAUUUUUGAGGCCGUGAAAGGCUGCCAUCUUUUUGCAGCUGGCAAGAUUGAGAACGGGCUGUGCAUCUGUGCGGCCAUGCCCAGCAAAGUGGUGGUGCUACGUUACAACGAGAGCCUCAGCAAGUUCUGCAUCCGGAAGGAGAUCGAGACCUCGGAGCCGUGCGGCUGUAUCCAUUUCACCAAUUACAGCAUCAUCGUGGGGACAAAUAAGUUUUAUGAAAUUGAGAUGAAGCAGUACACCCUAGAAGAAUUCCUGGAUAAGAAUGACCACACCUUGGCGUCCGCUGUGUUUGCAUCCUCCACCAAUAGUUUCCCAAUCAACAUCAUCCAGGUGAACCCAACAGGGCAAAGAGAAGAGUAUCUGCUUUGCUUCCAUGAAUUUGGCAUUUUUGUAGACUCCUACGGAAGGCGCAGUCGCUCGGAUGACCUGAAAUGGAGUCGACUGCCUUUGGCAUUCGCCUAUCGGGAACCGUACCUGUUUGUGACCCACUUCAAUUCCCUGGAGGUGAUUGAAAUCCAAGCACGCGCUUCCCUUGGCAUCCCAGCCCGGGCCCAUCUGGACAUCCCGAGCCCUCGUUACCUGGGCCCGGCUAUCUCCUCCGGAGCCAUUUACCUGGCCUCUUCCUAUCAGGAUAAAUUGAGGGUGAUUUGCUGCAAAGGGAAUUUGGUGAAAGAAUCCAACAACGAGCACCACCGAGGAUCCUCAACCACCCGCAGCAGUCCAAACAAGAGAGGACCGCCCACCUAUAACGAGCACAUAACCAAGCGGGUCGCCUCGAGCCCAGGGCCUCCCGAAGGUCCCGCCCACCCUCGCGAGCCAAGCACACCGCAUCGCUAUCGGGAAGGAAGGACCGAGCUCCGGAGGGACAAGUCUCCGGGGCGUCCCCUGGAGAGGGAGAAGUCUCCAGGACGGGUCCUCAGCACCCGCCGAGAGAGGUCCCCCGGGAGACUGUUUGAGGAGAGCAGCAGGGGACGGAUACAGGUGGGGGGCGCCCGGACUCCCCUCGCCCAGGUCAACAAGGUCUGGGACCAAUCUUCAGUAUAA